AUGGGCAAAGCCAAAAAGCUCAGCAAAGAGGAGGAAACGAGAGACAAGAGGAGGUGGAUGCGCUGGAGCAGUGCAGCGACUGUAAAAGGAAUAGCUUUUAGUGAUUUCGCAGGCAGCUACAUCAACGCAGGCGCUGAGAAACUCGGGGCACAAAGAUUCUGGCCUACGUCUGGUGAUAUGCCCCUCGAAAUCGAUAAGGCAGAGAAAGUCAUCAGGGCGUUCACUACCGAGGGUAUAGCAGUAGACGAGCCAAUCGGUGAAGAAGGAAGGCAAGGUCGUCGUAGAGUUUUCAGGAAAAUCGCUCCGAAUGUCAUGGCCUCCGCCAAAGGUAUCGUAGUCUACACAGCUAUGCGCUCCGGUAUGAUGCCUUUCGGUGGUGCUGGUGGUAGUGGUAUCGUUAUCGCUAGAUUGCCCGACGGCAACUGGUCUGCACCGUCGUGUAUUUGCCCAAACAAUGCGACUGUUGGUCUCUUGUUUGGAUUGGACGUGUACGAUGUUGUGCUCGUGUUGCGUUCACAAAAGGCUCUAGAUGGCUUUAAGGGCAAGGCUAAUGUUACUCUGGGUGCUGAGCUUGCCGUGGCUGCUGGGCCUGUUGGUGCUGGUGUAUCAGUCGAGUCUGGCGUAGAUAAGAGCCCUAUUUGGUCUUAUAUUCGAAGUAAAGGCUUCUACGUCGGUACUGAAUUGAUGGGACAAGUUUUUCUCGACAGAUUCGAUGAGAAUGAGAGGUUUUACUACUGGCCUGGACUGAAAUCCGGUCAAAUUUUGGCCGGUAAGGUGCGACCGCCGCUAGAGGCAGAAAAGUUGUACCGAACACUCUACGAGGCAGAGACAGGUAUAGCCCAGGGACAAAGUCUGGAGUAUGAGGCGACGAUAUCUGAAGAUGUAUUGACUGAUCUCGAUCUGAAUGAGAACGAGACAUUGAGAUUACCACCUACACCAGAGCAGCUUGAUAAGUUUGAGAGACAGGGGUAUAAGGACGAGCUUGAUAUUGAAGCGGAGCAAAAAGAGCGUGAAGAGAUACUGGCGUUACCUGCACCACCUAGACAUCCAUCGAUUCUCAACUACCUAGCGAGGAAACAGCAAGGACUAGCACUAACGGAGGUUACAGAAGACGAAGAGAGCGAGAAAGAGGAGAAGGAUGAAAGGAGUGGGAAAGGGGAAGAUGAAGAGGUGUUUGAUUCAAGUCAAGCAACCUCGAAGGAAGAUAUGCUUUAUAGAUUGAGGGAAGAAGAGCUUAACAGGGAGCUGGAAGAGUUGGAUAUGGAUUCAGAUUCUGAUGAAGAAAAGGACAAUAAGCAAGACAAUCAAGACACGGUCGAUAAGGUUGAAACAACGAAUAUACCACCAGCGUUGCCACCGCGCAGACCAGUUGCUAAGCCAGAGUUACCACGACGCGCUGAUAGAAAGUCUUUGAGUGGAAAUGAGAAGACAAGCAGGAGUAGCACACCGCCUCCUAGCUAUAAUCUGCAAGACAAGAAACAUACGCCAGUGGAUACACGCUCAACGACAGAGUUUUCUGAGAUAAUGUAA